AUGGCCACAUCAAACAAUGAUUCAGGCACAGAAUCAAGCUCUGGAGGAAUCACCAUCAGAAAAUUCAAUGGGAAGAAUUACCUCCAGUGGUCUCAAUCUGUCCGGAUGUUCAUCACUGGGAAGCAAAAGGGGGAAUAUCUUACUGGUACUGCAACUAGACCAGCAGAAUCCGAUGCUGCUGCUUACACCAAGUGGAACAACGACGACAACCAAGUCCGGUUCUGGCUUAUUUCCACAAUGGAACCAGACAUCGGAGACAAUUACCUACUGCAUCAAUCUGCCAAAGAGCUAUGGGCUGAUGUAGAGGAGACAUAUUCCACACAAGACAACUCUUCUGCCUUGUUCGAAGUAGAGUUAAAACUCUUCAACUUCAAACAAGGGACGAUGAGUGCUACAGAAUACUACAACCGAUUAGUCCGAAGCUGGCUUCAACUUGAUUUGUAUGAAGCUCAGAAAUGGGAAACGACGGCUGAUGCAAAAACGUUUCGGAUGUUUGUGGAAAAGAAGCGAACAAUUCAGUUCCUCCUUGGCCUCAACUAA